UUUAUUUUUCCGCGCUAGUUCUAGCUGUACCAUUGUAAUUCUCUUUUGUGAACAAUUAUAAGUGCGAUGCUGAACCUUGUGUGAACCUUCCGUUGUAGCUCUAGCUAUGCACACCUUGGCACCCACACCCAUGUUGUCUAUUGUACUAUGAACCUUCCGUUUUGUCUGUCUGUCUGUUCUUCUCUACGAUUUCUGCCAUCACUUCAGCACAACAAAGCCCUUCAUCCUUUAUCCUGCUUUGACGAAAGCCUGAAACCAACAAGUUUUAAAAGUUCCGACUUGAGAGUCAGUCAGGACAGUGCCAGAAACGCCUGGAGGAGACCUAGCACCAAACAGCAAUCACCCUCGUCCCAGAAAAUUCCAUGGAGAAAAUCUUGACCACUUACCGUCUGCAACAUUGCUCACAAGCAGUUCAACUUUCUGCUAUAAAUUAAAAACAGCAGCACAAACGCGGUGCUCGCCACACAGAGAACUGCCUGAAAGCAGCAACCGCAAGCAACAGCAAUGGCGGGCGGCGAAGGAGGCGUGAAGCUGCUGGGCCUGCGCCUGAGCCCGUUCGUGGCGCGCGUGCGCAUGGCGCUGGACGCCAAGGGCGUGGGCUACGAGUACGUCGAGGAGGACCUCGCCGCCAAGAGCGGCCUGCUCCUCGCGUCCAACCCGGUGCACCGCAAGGUCCCCGUGCUCGUCCACGCCGGCCGGCCCGUCUGCGAGUCGCUCGUCAUCCUCCACUACGUCGACGAGGCAUGGCCCGGCGCGCCGCGCCUCCUCCCCGCCGGCGCCCGCGAGCGCGCCGCCGGGCGGUUCUGGGCCGCCUACGUCGACGGCGAGCUGUUCCCGGCGUGGGGCCGCGUCAUGAUGGCGGCCACGGAGGAGGAGCUGGCGGAGCGGGCCGGCGAGGCGGCCGGCAUGGUGGCGCGCCUGGAGGAGGCCUUUGAAGAGUGCUCGGGCGGCGGCGGCUUCUUCGGCGGCGACGCCGUGGGGUACCUCGACCUCGUGCUCGGGAGCAACCUGUUCUGGCUCGAGGCGCUGCGGAGGUUGCUCGGCGUGAGGCUGGUCGACGAGGGGAGGACCCCGCUGCUGGCUGCGUGGGCGGGGCGGUUCGGUGAAGCCGCGGCGGCGAAUGGGGUGGUGACCGACGCGCUCGUCGACAUGGCGGUGGAGCACGCCAAGAAGCUUCGGGCUGCUGCCAUGGCUGCCGGCAAGUGAGAGGGCGGGGGCUUGAGAGUUUAUACCUUUUACCGCUAUUGGCCAGACGAUCAGAGGUAGUUGAAUGAGAUUUAGUUCUGUGUAGGAGUAGUAGAGAGAGCAAAUAGAUCAUGUUGCUGAGGCGCGCUGUUAGUGGAGUAAAAGCAUAAUUAGCAUGGUUGGUGGUGAUAAAAUAAACUCAAAAAAUCUUACAGAAAAUCAACAAAGCAUGUACCCAACUUGGAACGAAAUUUCAAAUCCAAAUAAGAUAUACGCAUCACAAAACAGGAAACAUCAUUAUGUAAACA